AUGAGUAAAAAUGAUGUAACUUUUAACUUUGAUGAAUUUGUAGAACAGGUAUGUUCUAAGAGUCUAACCCUGAAGAAAUCAGAAUUAUAUAAAUUCUAUUCCUCAUUAGAUGGACAAGCAAAAAAUGGCCCUAUUUCUGAAAUAUGUAAUAAACCGGAAAAUGAAAAGUUACGUGAUCUUUGUUACCGUAUUGAGCACAUAUUUAAACAAUGGAAUACAAUUUGUUCAUCAUCAGAACAACACAAAGGUAAAUGCUGUGAUUAUGUUAAUUAUUGGUUGUAUGAUAAGAUAGAAAAAAAAAAGGACCUAAAAUUUUCUGAUGUUUCUUGGAUUUACAAUAGAUUAAAGGAAAUCUUGUGUAAAUAUAGCUCUGGAUCUAAUGAUAAAUGUAUAUGUAAAGAUAAUAUUAAAAUAUUCACUUCUACAGACGUAUUAAAAUAUAAGAAAUUAUUAUAUGAUUUUUUAGAAUAUUACAAUUACAUAAUAAAUGUACAAUCAACAGAAGAAAAAAUUAUAGAAGCAUCUUCUUGUGAAUAUAUUGCAAAUAUGUUCAGUUUAUAUCAUAAAUUAGAAAAAGAAGAAGAACAACAAAGAAAACGUGGAUUAUUGAAUAGAUAUGAAAAUGAAUUAGUACUUUUUAGAAAAAAAUUUAAUGAUGAAAAUACAUUAUCCUUAUUAAAAACAAAGUGUAACACGUAUAGUUCAUAUUUUGAAAAACCAAAAAGUACAGAAAACUCAAACCCAUUGCAGGGAAAUAAUGAAGAAAGUUACACAAGACAAAAUAUAUCACCGGGUUAUGAAGUAUACACCGCCAAAAUAAAAAGUGAUUAUGAAAAUGUUGUCAGAGAGUUACCUCCUUCCCAAAUAUAUGAAGCAUUAAGCAAGGAAGUCUCUAAGGAAUUUAGAAAAGGUGAUUCUGGUAUUAAUAGUAAAAAUUAUAAUUAUACGUAUUGUGAUAGCUUAAAUAAAGAUAUUAAAACUAUUUGUGAAAAAAUGGUGCGGAAUAUAAAUGAAUUAUCAAUAAUUGAUAAAUUGAAUGAAGAAAAUCAUAGGGAUAGAUGUACUUAUUUAAAUUUUUGGAUAUAUGAUAAAAUCAUUGAGUUAUAUGAAAAUAAAAAUGAAUAUAUUUUGGACAUACCUGAAGUUUCUAAUCUUUUUGAUGCUAAUAUUAAAAUUAAUAAUUAUUUAAUUAAUGAAGAUUUUGAUAAAAACUAUCAACAUAUAGUUAAACAAUCUCCUCCAAGGGAAAAUAAAGCAAAAAUAGGGGAGCAGAAUGCAGAUAUUACUUCUCAAAAUGAAGUAUUAUCAGACAAUAAUGGAACUCAUACACUGCCUUACUUUAGAAAAUUUCCAGAAAAAAAAAGUGAUGACCAUAAUGGGACUAAAGCAAAAGGAGACACAGAACGAGAUGCAAAAGGAGAUGUAGAAAGAAGUGCAGGUAGACAUACAGAUAGUUCAACAAGAGACUCACAAACAGGUAGUUCUGAUACAAAACAAGUAAACAAAAGACCAUUUAUGUUUGUUAACUCUGAUGAAUUAACUAAGUUUAAGCCUUGUUUUCUCAAUUACAAUUGUAAAAUCCAUGAAUGUAGAGAGAUGAAACAUUUAUAUGAAUAUUUUAAAAAUCAUGAAGAAAUUAAAAAAAAAAUUAAUUGUGAAAAUAUGCAAAAUGAUAAAUACAUUCCAUAUCUUGAAUAUAUUAGUUUGUUGCAUAAAAGACACAAAGACGAGUGCUGUUCCUGGGGUGCAGAAUUAUGUCCCAGUUAUUUUUUGCAUUGUGACGAAUCAUAUGAUCCACAAAAACUUUUAUCUGCGCUAAAAUCUAGCACUAAAGAAAAAUGUAAGGAAAUAAUAGAAUUAAUUAAGCAUAACGAAUCUAAAAAUUUGACAAAUUUUGAUCCUAAUUCAGAAAAAAAUAUGUUUAUUAAAUAUUUCACGUGCUCAGAAGUUACUCAUUCUAAUUUUGAAAAGAGUGGCUUAAGAUGCCAGCAACCAUCGUAUAGUCCACACUUAAUUAACCAACAUUAUCCCGUAAGACCUGUGUAUAAACAGCAAUUCAAUGAAGAGGGAUUAUAUGGUAAAGAGAUAACAAUUAAUGGAAAAUCAGUAAAUGCAGUUCUAUUAACUAAUGCAUAUGUAAAAAUAGCUGGGCAAAACGCUACAGGUACAUCAAUAGUUAAAACUGGUUACACACUAUUUCCAGAAGUAAAAGGAAAAGCUCGAGAAAAUUACAUCAAAGAAGCAGAAAUAGCCUGUGCAAAUGGAACACCAAAAGAAGGAAUGGAAGAGUAUUGUAAAAGAUCCAAAGGGUACAACAAUCAAAUAAAAUCAGCGAGCCUUAAAUAUAAAAAUAUUGUGCAAGGAAAUGGUGCGGAAAACAUGGGUGAGGAGACUUUUCCUAUUGAUACUUCAUAUACAAAUUUAAUAUUACAAAUUCUUCCUUUUCGAAUAGGCGUAGUAAUCCUUAUAGCACUGGGUGCAAUUUUCUUCACUCCAUUUGGAUCAUGGUUACGUUAUAGAAUAAAAGGUGGAAGAAGAAAAAAAAAAAAGAUUCAUUAUAGAGAACCUAACGAAGAAUCAUCUAAUUACUUUCAAGAUUAUAUACCUCAACAUCCUCCAAAGAAAAGAAUAAAUAUAGUUUACAAGAAUUCGUAG